ACCGACUAAUCUUGUCAGCUUGAUAUUUAUGAUUGUAAAAUAAGCAAAUGGUCCUUUAACAGCCGUAAAUAACCGAAAGGACGUAUAGCCAACAUUAGACGCUGUAGAACAGGAGCUUUCACCUGAGCGACUAUUGACCAGGCAGGAUCUGAGAAGUAUAUCUGAGUGCAUUUACCUCCAGGGGUCUUAACAUCUUGUCCACCAACCUGCCCCUGGUUAGAAGGUGUCCACAGGAAGUGAUCUAGGACAAACUGAAUUUCGCCUCUGUUCCCGUCCUGGACCAGUGACCAGGAUGAUGGACGGCUGACCUCAGAUCAGGGCACAGCAGUAUUGUCCUCUUACUCCCCAGGCACCAUGGCGGGGUUCAAACGAGGUCACGAUGGCAAGAUUGCCGGCCUGUAUGACCUGGACAAGACGCUGGGGCGUGGACACUUUGCCGUGGUCAAGCUGGCACGCCAUGUCUUCACGGGGGAAAAGGUGGCUGUGAAGGUGAUUGAUAAGACCAAGCUGGACCCCGUUGCCAGGGCACACCUGUUCCAGGAAGUGCGCUGUAUGAAGCUGGUACAGCACCCCAACGUGGUGCGCCUGUACGAGGUCAUCGACACGGCAACCAAACUCUACCUCAUCCUGGAGCUCGGUGAUGGCGGAGACAUGUACGACUGCAUCAUGAAGCACGAGGGAGGCCUGAGCGAAGAGGUGGCCAAGUGUUACUUUGCCCAGAUCGUUCACGCCAUCUCCUAUUGCCAUCGACUGCAUGUGGUGCACCGGGACCUGAAGCCGGAGAAUGUGGUGUUCUUUGAAAAGCAGGGCCUGGUCAAACUCACUGACUUUGGCUUCAGUAACAAGUUCCAGCCCGGGAAGACCCUCAACACCUCCUGUGGCUCCCUGGCAUAUUCUGCUCCUGAGAUACUGCUAGGCGACGAAUACGAUGCUCCCGCUGUAGAUAUCUGGAGUCUGGGUGUGAUUCUCUUCAUGCUGGUGUGCGGCCAGCCCCCCUUCCAGGAGGCCAACGACAGCGAGACCCUCACUAUGAUCAUGGACUGCAAAUACACAGUGCCGCAACACAUCUCCCACGCUUGCAGAGACUUGAUAGGUCAUAUGCUCCAGAGGGACCCCAAGAAGCGCGCUUCUCUGGGGCUGAUUGAGGCGCACGAUUGGCUUCAAGGCAUUGACCCCUCCCCUGCCACCAAGCUGACCACACCCCUCGUGUCCUACCGCAGCCUAUCAGAGGAGGAGCAGGGUAGCAUCAUCCAACGCAUGGUUCUAGGCGGCAUUGCGGACCGCGACACCAUCACAGAGGCCCUUGAGUCUGACAAGUACAACCACAUCACAGCAACUUACUUCCUGCUGGCAGAGAGGACUCUGAGGGAGAGGCAGGAGAGAGAGCAGCACAACCAGAUACGCUCAGCCAGCCCCAGCAAAGCCCAGUUCAGGCAGUCGUGGCCCACCAGGGUGGACGUGCAUCAAGACAUUGGGGACAGUCUUGGAGGGCCCUCCAUCUCCCACCCCGGAGGCCCCCAGUCCCCUGCCCGCAGUGCUGAGAGCCUCCACAACGGCCCUCGUCCAAAAACGGCUCUACUGGACCUGAACCAGCGACGACAGAACGACUCGAACGCACCUCCCUCAGCAGGGCCCUCUCUGCAGCCUGGCAUACAGAACCAGGGAAGGGGGCUCAGGCCCCAGGGCAAGCCCCACACCAACCACCUCCGGCUGGGCUCUUUGGCCCCCUCUGCCCCCUCCAAGCCGCGGAGCCCCAGCCUGUUCAGCGUGGAGGAGGACGAGGAGGAGGACGGGAAGCAGGAGGAGGACUCCUCCUCCCCCUCGGCCAUCCCUGCUCAGGUGGUACUUCGAUGCAAAGCCCCCUCCUUAUCCUCCUCUACCAACAACCGUCUGGCGUCCCGGAAGAGUGCACCCAUCCUCAAUCAGAUACACGAGGAGGAGAGGGAGGAGGAGGAGGAGAGAAAGGAGUGCGGUUCGAAGCGGGCGCCUGCCCCUCCAACCAAACCCACCCUGCUCCUCUGUACCAACGUGAACAACCGGAUGUCGUCUUUGCUGGAGUCGCCCCCGGCAGCCACCGUUGCCAUGACAUCCCCUGGCUCGGAGACGAGCGACGACGACGACGACUCAGAAAGCCACUGGAAGAGACCGCUGGAGAAGGGCAUGGUACGCGUCGCCAACGGCAACAGACAUGGCAGGAGUCUCUCGGAAGGGGGGGAGGGGGGAGGAGGAGCAGGAGGGAGGAGGGAUGCAGGGCACGUUAGUCCCUCCAGCUGUGCCAGUGGGGGAGACGGGGAAGGGAAGGGGCUUGAGAAAGGGGGAGACGGGGGAGGAGACAAAGGGUUAGACAGGGUGGUAACGGGACAGGGCAGCCCCCCCAGCUGUGCUAGUCCAGGGGGAGGCGCGGGUCAAAGUAUGGGCUCGGCCAAGCCCAGCAGUGGAUUGGUAGAAAGCCUGAAGCUCAUGAGCCUAUGUCUGAGCUCCCAGUUCCACAGCCUGACGAGUGGAGGAGGAGGGGGUGGAGGAGGGGGUGGCGGCGGCGUAGGGGAGCCCCAGGAUCGGCCCAUGUGGCGGAUGUGCAUGGGGGGCUCCACCGGCAGCCUGGAUAAGGUCUCCCUACUGGGUGGUCCGUCGCCCAGAGGGAACCUCCACCACCAAACCCCCCUGGACCCCCUGGCCGACCCCCUGCUGGAGGGCCCUUGUUCGGGCACCCUGAGGUUGGGAGAGCUAGACCUGGCCAGGGAGAACCACCACAAUCUGAAGAACCGCGUGAUGCAGAUGCCUCUGACCGACAAGACUCUCUCGGUCAACAUCCACAGGAGCCCCAAAGAGGGUCUCCUCUGCACCCCCACCCCACACAGCUGCUGCCAGGUCAUCUAGACCCCCCUCACCACCAUCACCAUUAUCCUCCGUCUUGUCCCCCUUCUGUUUCACUCCUCCCCUCCGUACUCUUUCACUCCUCCCUCCUCUAACCAACCCAUGUGAUGCCAGAAAUCGUUUUUGGCUUUGGGGUUUAAGUUUUCACUCCACUGUCAAGUGACUAUUUCUCUGUGUGUGUGUGUGUGGACAACUGGUUUAUUUAUUUAUUUUCUACCUCUUGAAGCACUUUGGGAAAACGCUGUGUCACUCUCCACACACAGAGUCUGGUCUGACGAGGUCAGAGUGGGCACAAAUUGUAGAGGAGACAGCAGCUGGCUGAAUGGUCAGGGUGGGGUUAUGUGCACUCUGAGAUUUCUAAAUGCUACUGCAUUGUUACUUGAUGUUGCACAACGACAAUCUUUUGUUUGUUAAUCACUUCCAUGUCCCUCCUCUCUCCCCUGUCUCCCCAAAAAUGUUUUAGAAUAUGUUUUCAUUUGCCCUGUUGUUUAUAUUGUGUUAUGCAGUUUUUUUUUAAAGGCCAGUUCUUUUUUUAACCCAUGUUUUUAGACAAUCAUGUCAAACUUUUUUUAUGCUGACUGAAAUGGUUUGAGAUAGGACCAUGAUGUGACUAACGUUUGAAUAGAGAAGAAGGCAUUGCAAAUGCUACAUAUUGCGGGUACAAAGUGUUAUCUGAUAGUUUUUCACACUUAGUUUUGUACUUCUAUGGACUGUCAUGGACGGAUCAUACACACACUUCUCAGUCACUGAUAACUCACUGACUUGUACAUAUGUCGAAAUAAACUGUAGUAUUUAGAGAACUUGUAAGUAUUUAAUAAAGUAUGUUUAGCUCUAUUUAAAGUCUUUCCCAUAGACCUGUGUUCUCCACUCCUGGUCCUGGAGAUGUACGGUUGGUAGAGGGUUAUGUAACACACACACACACACACACACAUGCACUGUAUCUCUCUAGGACCAUGGCUGUUGACUACAACUGUAGCGUGUACCAAUACAAAAGCAACAGAGAGGGGGCAAAAGCCACAUGUCCCCCAGCCUCCUUUAACCAGCCCUCCUAUUUCAUGUAUUGGUGUGUGUUGAUGGUUGUAGGAUAUAUACCUGACAGUGCAUGUGUUUUUGCCGUCGCUACUUUCCUUCCCAUCAAGGCCUAUCAGCCAGAGAACAGCACCUGUCCAUCGGACUUCUGGGUCCUAACUCUUAGCUAAGUAACUUUCUGUAGCCUAACAGCAAUACCAACGACUGCAAACAAAAUGUACAACAAAAUGGAUGUGCCAUAAAAUUAUUGUCUUGAGCAUAACGUACUGUAUGUAUAUGAUAUAAAAGUGUACAAAAAUAAUUAAAAAGUUGUGAAUAAA